GAAACAAAUAUAAACAAAAGCACGUGUUCCAAGAUGGCAGCCUCCGUUGACGAAAAAUCAAGCGGAUCAGAAUCGCAAUUACACGAUCCCAUCAGCUUAGAUAAGGUGAAAGAAGCUGCCUCAGCCCUUGUUGACUAUGUAAAGAAGAAGGGAAGCAAAAACCUGUUGGGAGAAGCUGGUGUCAAGAUAGGACUACAGUUAGAAUUCAAGAAGGCACCCAAAGCUAAAAAUAAGUGCAUUAAAAUUCCUCUCCCACAUGAACUUGCUACAGCCACCACUGAUGUGUGUUUAUUCGUCAAGGACGUUGACCCAUCCAAGAGGGAGUAUGAUGACACUGUCAGGUUUUUCAAGAAUCUCCUGGCUGAAAAGGGCGUCACGUGUGUCACGACUAUCAUACCAGUCAAGUCGUUGAAAACUGAAUACAAACAGUUUGAAGCUAAAAGACACCUAUCGAAUAUGUACGACGUCUAUCUGGCAGAUGCAAGGGUUGCUGGCAUUAUGCCAAAGAUGUUGGGAAAGCACUUCUAUGGACGUAGAAAACACCCAAUCCAAGUAGACUUGUUGUCUGGGAAUCUCUCAAAGGAAAUAGAUAAUGUGAUCAACAACACAAGAUUGCAUCUCACUGGACGAGGCACUUCGUGCCAAGCUCAUGUUGCUCACCUGGAUAUGACCGUCGACCAGAUUGCAGAUAACGCAUUUGCUGCUGCCAAUUGUUUGGCCGAGAAGAUUCCUGGUGGCCCCGAUAAUGUUCAGUCGUUCUACCUUACUAGCCACGGUGUUCCUUCUUUACCACUGUUCUUGUCAACUGCCCCUGGAGACAAGGUUGUUUUACCCAUACGCAAGAAGGUGGUGAUUGAAGACGAGCCAGAGGACGUGACGACUGUGGUAGGUGCAAAGGUCAUGGUCACUAGACGAUACGACGUCGUCCUUGUCCCAAACGGGCAAAACGCAGAAGAUAUCAAGAAACGAAUGGAAAGGAAACCAAACAGGAAACGAAAACACAUCAAAGUCACUAUUGAGCCCGUGCCUGUUUAUAAGAAAGUGAAGAAGACUGAGAUGAGCAAAUCCAAGCUGACUAUCGUAAAACAACCGAAGAAAUCGAAAAAAUCGUCCACUUGAUGACAUUGUCAUGUUGUUGUAGUGGAUGGCAUUCUUUAAGUACCGUUUGGCUGUCCUCUUUGUAUGGAGCUGUGUGUGUAAUGGCUUGGUUGUUGGUAAUGUAACAUUAUUUAACCGUUUCCCUCAAAGUUUUCAUAUGGAGCACUCCAAGGGAAUGAAAGCACUUGUAUGUAGGGAGUAUUACUAGUGAUAUGACUUUUGUAUUGGAGAUACUAUCACCUCAUUAUUUUGUGUUUCUUGUGCCAUGUGAGACUACCAAAAUUAUGAAUAUCAUCUCCGGAUAUUUCGGCCACAUGGUUAUGUCCUUUAGGAUAAACAAGUUAACAUUUUAUUGCUACUGGUGUAUAACCGAUAAGAAAACGUGUCCGAGUGGUAUAUAAAUACCCGGCAAACAGAGAAUGUAAUCAGUGGACUCUUCUCCUUGGGUUUAUAGCCCAGUACCAUAGACCGUAGUACUUAUACCUUUACCGGUAUAUGGUGAAACAAACCUGGUUACAAAAUAUCGUAUUGUAAAAACAUGUAAUAUAAUGCAUCAUUAAAUGUCCUGUUGCUUGCAGUUUUUGCCUCCAAUCAACACGGUUUUGUUGAUUUCAUGUUAUGGCUGAAUAAAUAUGUUGCAAUGACAAACUUA